AUGGCUGCAUCUUUCUCCGUUCCUUCAAUGAUUUUGGAAGAAGAAGGAAAAUUUCAAGCAGAGGUAGCAGAGGUGCAAGCAUGGUGGAACACCGAGCGGUUCAGACACACACGCCGCCCAUACUCCGCCCGUGAUGUGGUGUCUCUCCGUGGCAACCUUCGUCAAUCCUACGGCUCAAAUGAACUAGCCAAGAAACUCUGGCGAACCCUCAAGAACCAUCAAGCCAAUGGCACAUCUUCACGAACCUUCGGUGCACUCGACCCGGUCCAAGUCACCAUGAUGGCUAAACACCUCGACACCAUUUACGUGUCGGGGUGGCAGUGUUCGUCUACUCAUACUUCAACAAAUGAGCCGGGCCCAGACCUGGCUGACUACCCCUACGACACGGUUCCCAAUAAAGUUGAGCAUCUGUUUUUUGCCCAACAGUACCACGACCGGAAGCAGAGGGAGGCCCGAAUGAGCAUGAGCCAAGAGGAGCGGGCCCGGACUCCUUUCAUUGACUAUCUUAAGCCUAUCAUAGCCGAUGGUGAUACCGGCUUUGGUGGGGCCACUGCCACAGUAAAGCUUUGUAAGCUUUUUGUGGAACGUGGUGCUGCUGGGGUCCACAUUGAGGACCAGUCAUCUGUGACCAAAAAAUGUGGUCACAUGGCUGGAAAAGUUUUGGUUGCCGUUAGUGAACAUAUCAACAGGCUCGUAGCUGCGAGAUUACAAUUUGACAUAAUGGGAACCGAGACAGUGUUGGUAGCUCGUACCGAUGCUGUUGGAGCUACGUUGAUCCAAUCCAACAUCGAUACGAGGGACCACCAAUUCAUUAUCGGUGUGACUAACCCUAAUCUGAAAGGAAAAGGGUUAGCCACACUGUUGUCCGAGGCAAUGGUCGCAGGUAAAAGUGGGCCCGAGCUUCAAGCGCUCGAGGACAACUGGCUAUCAAUGGCUCGUUUGAAGACGUUUUCCGACACGGUUGUAGAUGCGAUCGGAGCAAUGAAUGUUUUGGAAACUGAAAAGCGACGAAAACUAAACGAAUGGAUGAACUGUUCGAGCUACGAGAAGUGUCUGUCGAAUGAGGACGCGAGAGAGAUCGUUGCGAGGCUCGGACUCACCAAUUUCUUCUGGGACUGGGACUUGCCAAGAACCCGAGAAGGGUUUUACCGGUUCAAGGGCUCGGUUGAGGCGGCUAUUGUGCGCGGUUGGGCUUUCGCGAACCAUGCGGAUAUCAUUUGGAUGGAAACCGCGAGCCCGGACAUGGUCGAGUGCACUAAAUUCGCACAAGGGGUCAAGACAAUGCAACCGGAAACCAUGCUAGCUUACAAUCUCUCGCCUUCUUUCAAUUGGGACGCAUCGGGAAUGACCGAUGUCCAAAUGAUGGAUUUUAUCCCGAGAAUAGCGAAAUUGGGAUAUGUUUGGCAGUUUAUAACUCUUGCGGGUUUUCAUGCGGACGCUUUAGUUACCGACACUUUUGCGAAAGAUUACGCGUCACGUGGGAUGUUGGCUUAUGUGGAGAGGAUUCAAAGGGAGGAAAGGAAGCAUGGAGUGGACACAUUGGCUCACCAAAAGUGGUCUGGUGCUAACUAUUAUGAUAGGGUGCUUAGGACUGUUCAAGGUGGCAUCACUUCAACCGCUGCCAUGGGAAAAGGAGUGACUGAGGAACAAUUCAAGGAGACAUGGACGAGGUCUGGGGCGACUGACAUGGGAGAUGGGAGCGUUGUGAUCGCUAAAUCGAGGAUGUAA